GUGACGCGUGGGUCGGUGACGUCAUCGCUGUACCUGAGUUUCGGGCCAGAGUCGGAAGUUUUACACACCGGACUGGGAGUGUCGGUGUGUGUUAAGUUUGUUGUGUGCGUUUUGUGCGUGUUGUUAGUGCGUGUAAGUCUUUAUUUAGAUUUGGAUCUUUAUUUACUCAGAAAACCGUUUGGAGUUUUAUUUUUAACUUCGCUGUUUCCUGCUUCCGGUUGGAGUCUCAGGGAGAUGUCUGUUCACCCUCGGCGUGUACGGCUGAAGCCGUGGCUCGUUGCUCAGGUGGAUAAUGGCACGUUUCCGGGUCUUGUGUGGCUCGACCGUGAAGCGAAACGCUUCCAGAUCCCAUGGAAACACGCAACACGUCACACAGCUCAACAGGAGGAGGAGAAUACCAUCUUCAAGGCGUGGGCUGUAGAGACUGGGAAGUUUCAGGAAGGUGUAGAUGAACCCGACCCUGCGAAGUGGAAAGCUCAGUUACGCUGCGCUCUUAACAAGAGCCGUGAGUUUAACCUCAUCUACGAUGGAACAAAAGAAGUUCCCAUGAACCCCCUGAAGAUCUAUGACGUGUGUGACAUCCCCGCCCCCCUCAGUAACCCUGGUUCCACAGGUUCUGCUCCUGCAUAUGACUCUGAUGGUGAAGACGAUGAUGUUCCUGAUACACCAGAACCUCCACCACCUCCAUAUCACCCACCAGUGGGCGGGUCUCCUCUGGCCCCACCUGUGUGGACUUCCCCAGGCUCCACCUCCCCCCUGCAGCCCUCCCCUCUGCAGCCCUCCCCCCUGCAGCCCUCUCCUCAGGUGUGGCCUAAAAAAGAGCCUCAGGACGUGGAGAUGAACACACCAGCAGCCAUGGAGAUCCAACCUGCUUCCAACAUGGACACACAGCCAAUAACUGACGUGCUGUUCACUACACCGGAGACCUGGAUCAGCUCUCUGCCCAUGACAGAUCUGGAGGUACAGUUUUAUUACCGUGGUAAGGAGGUGUGUCCAACGCUGACGGUCAGUAACCCGCAGGGCUGCAGGCUGUUUUACGGGGACCUGGGCCCGAUGGUGAAUCAGGAGGAGCUUUUUGGACCUGUGAGUCUGGAGCAGCUGCGUUUCCCGUCCACUGAGCACAUCACUAAUGACAAACAGCGUCUCUUCACCAACCGCCUGCUCGACGUCAUGGACCGCGGCCUCAUCCUGGAGAUCAGUGCACAUGACAUCUACGCCGUGCGUCUCUGCCAGUGUAAAGUGUACUGGUCUGGUCCAUGUGGUCCAAAUGCCAGUGCGCCCAACCUCAUCGAGCGCCAGCGCCGAGUCAAACUCUUCUGCCUGGAGACCUUCCUCAGCAGUGUAAUAGCUCAUCAGCGUGGUCAGUCUCCAUCUCUGCCUCAGUUUGAUAUUCACCUGUGUUUUGGAGAGGAGUGGCCUGAUGGACGUCCCAGAGAGAGAAAACUCAUCAUGGUGCAGGUAGUCCCUGUGGUGGCGAGGAUCAUCACUGAGAUGUUCAGUUCAGAUGGAACUCGUUCCUUUGACAGCUCCAGUGUGCGUCUCCAGAUUUCUGUCCCGGACAUAAAGGACAACAUUGUCACACAGCUCAAACAGCUGUACCGCCUGCUGCAGAAUCACCAGGGCAACGAGGCCUGGCCCCUCCCAUCUGCUGGCCCCACCCACCUGCCCCACCCCUUGCAUGCGCAGUGACUCCCAAAAACACACACAAACACACACACAGCCUGAGUAAGCUUUUACUCUGGACUCAGUCUCUCUCUCUCUCUCUCUCUCUCUCACACACACACACACAUACACACACAUACACACACACACACACACGCAAACACACAGCCAAGUUUUUCUUGUACAUUUAUAUACAUUUAUUUAGUUUAUUUGAAAUAUUACUGCUUUUAGUUUUUUGUAGCAUCGAGUGUUUGUGUUUAUAAAUUUGUUGCAUGUUUGUGGUUAUAGAGUUGUGUGUUUGUGUUUAUAGAUUUGGCAUAUUUGUUUAUUAAACAGAUAUUUUAUGUAAAUGAGGUCAGUUAGACACUAAAUGUAUGUAUCUACUUUUGCUGUUGGUGGGCGUGUCUGUAGUCUCACUGUCUUAUGCUUAUAGCAAAUUAAAGCUAUUUUAUUAGUGACCUUCUUGUCUGAUUGGCUAAAUACACACUCUUUCCUUUUCACCAUUAUGCACUAUUUAAAGUGGACAUUGGCCAUAAGACUGCUGUAGUCUGGGGACUGUCCUAAUUCUGCUGUCAUUCCCUUAAUCCUCAUCAAUUUUAUCACGUCUUUGUCAUGUCUACUUUAUGUCUACUGUCAUGUAAUUUUUUUGUCAGAUAAAAAUAAACAUUUUCUUUCAGUUGGUAAGAGA